AUGGCUUCCUCUGUUUCAACAUUAUGCUCUAUGAAUGAUUUUACUAGCAAAGCUUCCAUUGAUGCUAUACUUGCUGAAAUUAAUGCUGAUAAUUCCUCAAUACUCUCUGCGUUGAUGAAGGAAUUGUCUAAAGAAGUAGUAGUGGUUGAAGAAGCAUCUGCAUCAGAAUUAAUGUUAAAAGAAGUUAGGAGUGAUGAUGAAGCUUAUGAAAUGUAUAAUGAUUAUGCAUUUAGGAAGGGUUUCAGUAUUCGUAAGGGAUUAAUUAGGACUAGUCGUAGAACUGGUUUGUGGAUUAUGCGCAGAUUUCUUUGUUCUAAUUCUGGCUUUAAAGAUGUGAAGAAGGAAACGUUGAGGAAGUAUGAGAGGUCUGAAUUGCGUACAGGUUGUACUGCUUUUAUUCAGUUUUCUAUUACCAAUGAAGGUGUUUGGACUGUGGUGAGGCAUAACAUGACUCACAAUCAUCAUAUGAUUCCCGCUGCCAAGAGAUACUUGCUUAGGUCUCAAAGAGAUAUUACAGGGGAGCAACUCAAGUAUCUUAGUUCAAUGAAAGCCAGUGGUUGUAGAGUGUCUGAUUUGCUUCGUGCAAUGAGAAAAGAAGUCGGAGGAUCUCCUAAUUUAUGGUUUAUUACUGCUGAUGCAUACAACGCUUUGGCUGCUGAAAAGGCAAUGAAACUUGAUGGUAAAGAUUGUAAUCAGUUAAUUAGGUACUUUGCUCAAAGACAAUCAUCUGAGAGUGAUUUUUAUUAUGAUUUUGAGUUAGAUGAACAUGGACAUUUAAUUAGUUUCUUUUGGAGGGAUGGAAGGAUGAAAAGGGAUUAUGAAUAUUUUGGUGAUUUAUUGGUGUUUGAUACGACAUACCGGACAAAUCGGUAUGAUAUGAUAUGUGCACCAUUUGUUGGAAUGAAUCAUCAUUGCAAUAAUGUAGUUUUUGGUUUGGGGUUCCUGGUUAAUGAGCGUAUUCCUUCUUUUAUUUGGUUGUUUGAAUCUUUUUUGCGAUCAAUGGGUGGUGGAAUACCUCAAACUAUAAUGACAGAUCAAGCUCCUGCCAUUGCUGCUGCUAUUAGGGAUGUGUUUCCGGGUGCUAGUCACCGUUUGUGUACAUGGCAUCUUGGAGAGAAUUCAAAGAAGAAUAUUGCUACGCAGAGAGCUAUGAAAGGUUUUACUGAGUUGUUUAGUUAUCUUCUGAAGUAUUGUGAUACUGUUGCUGAGUUUGAACAUUAUUGGCCAAGGUUCAUUAAGCACUAUAAGUGUGAGAAGAAUGUAUGGUUGAAUAAUUUGUAUGUGAUUCGAGAGCAUUGGUGCCGUGCGUAUUCUAAGGAUACAUUCUCUGGUGGAGCUUUGUCUUCUCAAAGGAGUGAAUCGACUAAUAAUUCUAUUAAAGAUAGGUUGAGGAAAACAGAUGGUUUAUGUGAUUUUUAUCACUUGUUUUUAGAUGUUAUAUCUGCAUGGCAUAGCAAAGAAAAUCACCAUGAUUAUCGUGUAUUGAGGGGAAAUCGGCAUAUGGCUGCUGCCAAUGUUAGUAUACUUGUGCAUGCAAGGAAGGUGUACACUGGUUAUCUAUAUGUGAAGUUUGAGGAGCAGUUUCUGAGAGGAAUUUCAUUGAAUCAGGAACGUACAUUUGAAGAUGCAGAAAAAGUUGUUUAUCUGAUAUGGAAGCCUGUUACUGCUGAUUUGAUAAGGCACGAGGUUACGUUUAACAAAAUUACAUUUGAGUCCAAUUGUACAUGCAAGCAUUUUUCUGAAGUGGGUUUAUUGUGUUCUCAUAUUCUUCGUAUAUAUAGUAUACAUUGUGUUUCUAUGUUACCCGAACAAUACAUUUUGAAGAGGUGGACGAAAGCAGCUAUGUGCAGCGCUGUUGUUGAUGAACAAUCCUCCAAAGUAAAUGUUGUUCCUGCUUCUGUUUGGAGAUUUCAAACUAUGAGGAAGUUUGUUCGUUUGGUUACAUCUUGUCAAGAUUUCCUUGAAGCUAGAGUAGAAAUUGAUACCGCAUUUGAUUUGUUAAGGCAAAAGGUUGAGAGUGUUAGGGGUGCUAUUGAUUUUGCAGAGCCGGUUGAGGGCAUUGAUGUUCCUGGUCACGAUGGAAAGGAUGGUCCAUCCAUUAAAGAUCCAAAAAAGCGUAGGAAAAAGGGUGAGACAAACGAGAGGCCUAAGGGUAUUGUUGAGAAGGAGUGUAACAAAAAGAAGGCUUGGAGGAAACGUGCUGAAAAACAUGCUGAAAAUGUUAAAGCUAAAGCGCAAGCUUCUGUUCAGGAGUUUGAUGCUUUGGGAAAUCCUCUCCUUUAUUCUCAUCCAAGUUCUGACUCAGAGUUGCGUGUAUUAGGUUCAUCCCUUGAGAAAGGUAUUUCAGGAAAGAGUGUAGUACCUGAUUCUGUGCAGGAGGAUAUUUGUGGUAAGAAAGCAAUACCAGAUGUUGUGGACUCUUUGAAAUGUUUUGUUCAGGGUGGUUUUGGUUCACAAUCUAAGAAAAGGAAAGGAAUAUAUUCGGAAUGCGCUCCAAUUUCUGCUAACACGGAAUUGAAUUCUCCUGCUGCUCGUGUAUCGCUUUAUGAUGAGAUUAUGGCCAAUUUUGAUAAAUAA